AUGGCUGCCGCCCGCCCUGCUGAAGAGGCUGAGGAUGGGAUCCAAAAGUGGAAGAAAGAGGAGGAGAAGGAGGAGGAGGAGGCAGCCGCCGGGCCGUGCAUGGGAGAGGAGGCUCUGAGGAAGGCCCCGGAGGAGGGCAAGCUGGACUUACACCCACUGCUCAACAGGUGGGCUCUGUGGUUCUUCAAAAAUGACCGCAGCCGAGCCUGGCAGAACAACCUGCAUCGGGUCACCAAGUUCAACACCGUGGAGGACUUCUGGGCGAUAUAUAAUAAUAUCCAGCUGGCCAGUAAGCUCUCUUCCGGCUGUGACUACGCCCUGUUCAAGGAUGGCAUUAAGCCCAUGUGGGAAGACAGCAGGAAUAAGCGGGGUGGCCGCUGGCUGGUCAGCCUCACGAAGCAGCAGCGCCACAUUGAGCUGGACCACCUGUGGCUGGAGACACUGCUGUGUCUCAUCGGGGAGAGCUUUGGGGAGCACAGCCAGGAAGUGUGUGGGGCCGUCAUCAACAUCCGAGCCAAGGGGGACAAGAUUGCUGUGUGGACACGAGAGGCAGAGAACCAGGAGGGCGUGCUACACAUUGGACGUGUCUACAAAGAGCGCCUGGGCCUCUCCACAAAGACCAUCAUUGGGUACCAGGCCCACGCAGACACAGCCACCAAGAGCAACUCCUUAGCCAAGAACAAAUUUGUGGUGUGA